UUUACAUACACACGUGAUGUUCACAUAAACAAUAAUAUUGACAAUCGUUUAGUUGAAUCAAUCAAUCAAUCGUUUAUAAAGCAAUACAUACCACCAUCUGUUCACUAGAUUGUCUCCAUUAGACUACCGGUGCCGACCAAAAAGUUUACCGAUUGUGUCGUAUCAUGCCGUCCACCAUCAAUGACCACCUGAAUGGUCAAUAAAAUCUCCAGACAUCAUCUAUGGCCCGAAGUUGGCCCGACUGUUUGGACAACAACGCGCCGGACAAUGAAAUUUCAUCGCAAAUGUCUUCUGGUGUUAAUCGGCGCCACAAUAAGUAUUGUAACCAUAUUUACAUGGUUUACGUACACCAGACACACGCCGACAUAUCGCCGAUUGCUAUUGAGUCGCAAUACCAAUUGGCCGACGACGACACGGCCACUACCGUUGGCCGCCGCCGACAACAACAACGAUAAUCGUCUGGUAGACUAUACCGAUGUGGCGGCCAAUAGUCAUCGCAAUCAUCAUCAACAACACUAUAAGCGCUUCCAAGCUAUCGACUGUAUUAUCAACAAUGAAUAUGACUUGAAGUGCAUCAGAAGUAUCGACGGCGGCGGCGGUGGUGGUGGCGGUGACGACCACAAAGACACCGAAGUUUACAUACCGUUUGCAUUCAUUCAUAAGUACUUUGAAAUCGACGGCAAACUAACGAAAGACAAAACUAACGGCAAAGAUGUCUUCGAAUGGAGUCAUAGCUAUUCGAAAGUAUAUUUACCGAAAACACGGUACGACCCGAGCGGACAGUUUCUCUGGUUUGACAACUAUAAUGUCGAAGUACGCGAUCGUGUCCGAUGUGUUUCCGCUCGUACAGGUGUUCCCAUAUCCACUCAAUGGCUGUCCAGCGGACACUACUAUCCCAUACAGAUUGCACAGUUCGGCCUAAGCCAUUGGUCACGUCUAUUGGUGGCCGCCGAUGAUACCGUCGACGGCGGCAAACAGCAACCGCCGCAAACACUUGAUCUCGAUUCGGGCAUUGCGUUCAAUCGAAAAGCUGUUAACUAUUUGAUUCCGCGGACGGCUGUCUUCAAGCGUAUUGUUGCCGAAGAAGAUCCUAAUCGGAAAGUAUUACUAAUUGAUGGCCAAAAUAUUGUUAUGAAAUUGAAACAAAAGAGUCAAACAACUAAUAAUAACUUAUUAAUACUGGCUUUCGAUGUCAAACCGUUGGCCAACUUUUCGCUUAAAGCUAUCCUAAGAGUUAACAUUAGUAAUCAAUUGAAAGACUAUUCGCUUAUCUAUACGACAACCAUCGAUGACGAUAUAAUGGUGUCAUCUAAUGAAAUAUUCUACGCUAUCAACAACAACAAGAACAACAACAACAGUAAUCAAAGCCGCAGUGGCCAGUGGUCAUCGUUGACCAGAGAUAUCGGUAUUGACUUACAAAAAGGUCAGAAUAUGGCCGACAAGAGAUCAGCGGCGGCGGCGGUCAAAGGCAUCAAACAUUUGCGUCUGAUUCGGCUGGAAAUGUCCGGUUCAGCCUUGUUGGCCAACAUUAGACUAAUGUCGUCCGCACACGAAUUAAUGGCCAUAACUGCCGGCAAUUGGUUUCUGGCUAAUCAGCAACCGAACGGCGGUUUCAGUAUUAAAGUCAAUCGUAAACUAUCUAACGGUGCCCUGCAAUUGAAAACCGGUUGGUACAGUGCUAUGGCUCAGGGACAAGCUAUUAGCCUACUGGUACGCCUAUAUAAGCAUACCGGUCAGGACAGGUACUUGAAUUGUGCUAAACAAGCCCUGAAUUUAUUUGAUGUCGAUGUCCGGGACAAUGGAUUUCGGACCCGAUUUUUGGGCGACAAAUAUUUAUGGUUCGAAGAGUAUCCGACUGUUCCCAGUAUUUACGUAUUAAACGGUUUCAUAUACUCGCUGUUCGGUCUGUACGACCUGUCGUCGGUAACCGCAGCUAACGAUACAUACGGCCAGAAAGCCGGCCGUCUAUACAGACAGGGCAUACAAUCGUUGCAAUCAAUGUUACCCAUGUAUGAUACUGGUUCGGGUUCGCUGUACGACUUGAGACAUCUGGCACUGGGAUCACCGCCUAACAGAGCCCGUUGGGACUAUCACUCCACACAUAUCAAUCAGCUAUUGUUUUUGAAUACCAUUGAAAACAAUCCGCUAUUUCAGUCGACAGCCAAACGUUGGAUAUCCUAUAUGAAGGGCUAUAGAGCUCCGCAUAAUUAG